AUGCCCACUCGCCACAAUUGGGAUACGGAGCGCGUGGGUGUGGCACAUUUGGCAGGCGCACUAAGUCCGCUAUGCAUAACAGAUGCCAAUCAUGAGAUUUUGCGCCCAAAGCCACGCAGACCCACGGGCAACUUGCCGCCAAACUUUGGACAGCAGGCGCCCGCACAGGUGACGGGAUUGCCGCCAGUGCCGGUGCCGCCGCAGCCGCAGCUGCAGAUACAGCAACAGGCGCAACCAGCCCUUGCAGCACCACAAGUGGGAGCCGGCGGUGGUGGCCAUGCGGUGGCUAUGGCAACGCCAGCACCGCGAGUCUUUAAGGAGCUGGCGCAGCAGCCGAACAAGGCGCCUGUGAAUGUAAAUAAGAUAACAGCGAAUGCGCUACCAGUGGUAACCAGCCCCUUGCCACUGCAGCAGCAUCAGCAGCUGACUUCGCCCAUCUCCAAGACGGCAAUGCCGCAGCGUGCGGUUGCCGGACCCGCUAGGCUGACGGUGCAAAGUACGCCAGUAAAGUCUCAGCCACCGCAGCUGAGCGGCAGCCUGCAAAGCUCUCCCAGUCGGCCCACGCUGGGAAUACCGACAUCCACGACGACGACGCAGGCGCCGCGAACGCAUCAGCACGAACAGUUUCGGGCGUUGCAGCGGGUGCAGGAGUGCCACAGUUCCUCGGAUGAGAAUCGUAGCUCAGGCCAUGCUAGCAUGUCGGAUACGGGCGGGCACAGUUCCUCGCCAGCGGGCGGCUUGACAUUGGGACCGCUGCCCGAGGAUCGGCUGGCCGCUGGUGUUACCAAUCGCAGCACACGCUCGAGACGCCAUCGUGGAAUAAUGCCAGCCGGCAAAGCACCCUGGAGCGGCAGCGGCCUGGAGGACAUAAAGCUGGCCAUACAACAGCUAACAAUGCGCUCCCAGACAAGCAGCAGCACCUACAGCAGCCUGAGCGCCGGCUCGGAGAGCUCAGAGCCGGCCAGGCGACUGGGACGCUAUUCGUCGCUGGAGACGGUGAUCACCAGCACCAGCGCGGAUGAGUUUGUGUGGGUGGACUCGCACAAUCGGCUCGUGGAGCUGCAGCAUCCACCGUGGAGCCAACAGUGCAUUAUGCGUGUGCUGCGGAAUGGACGCUGCAAGCAGCAGGCGGAGCAUGCGUCCGUAGAGGUCAUCUCCCGGCUAGGUUAUCUGCUGCAGCGUGCUCUGGUGCGCAUCGCACGGGAGAUACAACGUUUCUCGGCUGGGUUGGGUUUGUGCUCCAAGCAGGAGGUGACCGGCGCCUUCAAGGUGGUGCUCUGCUCCACACUUGCCGACUCCUGCACCAAGGCGUGCCUGCGUGCCGCCGCCAUGUUCGCAGUGCCCGGCGAGAGCGCCCUAAAGCAAAGCAAAUCCUCACGCGCCGGUCUACAGCUGUCGGUGGGCAGCUUCUUCAGAUGGAUGACCGAUGCUCGGCUGGGCAAGUUCAUACACGAGUACGCUGCCGUCUACCUGUGCGCUGGCAUUGAAAAUCUGCUCGAGGAGAUUAUGUUGCAGUGCGGCGGCGGUGCCGGUGGCACCACUGCCCAGGCUCUAGAUCAGAGCAUUGCCAGUUCUGGCGAUUUCUGGGGCUUGUUGCAGCCGUUUGCACAUUUGAAUGCCGGACGCAUUGCCUCCGGCGCUUUGGCCAUGCCGCGCUGGGCAAGCGCCUUUUCGCUGGCCACCUGUGUGGGUAGCAUACGCGAGCUAAAGGAGAAGGCGCUGCGCACACAGCAGGAAUUCCAGCAUGCCACCGCCCUCUCCAAUGCGGCGCUAAGUGCAUUGUUCUAUUUUAUGCGCUGCUCCCAGCUGGAGCACACUGAGCUGGCUGCCCAGAGCUCAACGGCCGGCCAGGCGCCACCCAACAGUGGCACCCAUAACGUCCAGGAGCUGUGCUAUGAACGCGCCUACGUGGUGCUCCCACCGCUGGCCGAAUGGCUGCGAGUGGCAUCGGCGCACGCUGAGCACCGCAAUGGCCUGAUGAUUGACAAGGAUGAUAUUUUGCAGGCUGCGCGUCUAUUGCUGCCCGGAGUGGAUUGUCCCAUACGUCCUGUGGCUCAUGAUGAGGAGCUGCCCACAAAGAAGACGCACUUUAGCAGCGGCAGCAGCCAGGGUGGCAGCGCCACUGGCACUGGCAGCUCCAGCUCCAGUUCCCCGGCCGUGAGCAGUAUUGGCGAGGACACUUCGGAACUGGGCAGGCGUGCCACCAUUGGUGUCGCCUUCAAGCUGCUGCUGACGGGUCGCGCCGAGCUUCUAGCCCAAGCUGCGCAGCUGCUGCCGCCUACCACACGCUAUGAUACACAGAAUAGCGCCGGGUUGACAGCCCUGAUGAUUGCCAGCAUACGAAAUGAUGAGGUCGCCUUGCAUGCCCUGCUCGAUGCCGGCUGUGAUCCGAAUGUGGAGGUGCCGGCGGCGGGAAGCACUGGCUAUCCGGCCAUACAGCCGGACACACAACACUGGACGGCACUCAGUUUUGCCGCCAGCCGUGCUAACUAUGUGGCGCUGCGCAUUCUGCUGGAACGCGGCGGCAAGGUGGAGGGCGGUGCUCGCAGCAGCGAGGAGAAGUGCACAUUGACGCCGUUGCAGCUGGCCGCGGGCACAGGCAAUCUGGAGAUGGUGGCACUCCUACUGGCGCAUGGCGCCAAUGCUUUCCUGUCUACACAGCAGAAGGACACACUGUGCUUUGCGGGUGCCGCGCAGAAGGGUUGCUUCUGUGCCAUCUCCGUGGCGGCAGCGCAUGGGCAUCGUUCGUGCCUGCGCAAGCUGCUCACGCAUCCGCUGUCGCCGGGCACGCGGGAUGUGCUCUCGCUGGAGGAGAUGCUCGCCGAGGGCGAUGUGGUGGGUGUGCGUGGCUCUGGCGCUGCCGCGGCCACAGUCGCUGGGGAAGAUCUGCUGCCGCUGCUGAACAAGACGCAGAUCAAGCGACUCCAGGAGGCCAUGUACCACAGCGCCGAGAACAAUCACUUGGAUAUAACCAUAGAGUUGCGCAAGCUGGGUGUGCCCUGGACCUUGCACUGCUGGAUGCAUGCGCUGUCGGCGGCUCACGAGUUGCGACUGGACGCGGUCAUUGAUCAGCUGUUGCAGGACUUUCUCCAGGUUUGCCCCGAUGAUUAUAGCGCCCAGUUUGUUAGCGAGUGCCUGCCCCUGCUCUUCAACAUCUUUCGCAAUAAGAACGAAGGCACCACGCUGCUGCUGGCGGACAUCUUUGCCACAUGCUUUGGCUGGGAGGCGCUGCAUCCACUGAAAGAGCAGCCGCCACUGCAGCCAGUCCAGGGCACACGCAUCGAUCCAAAGUUUGUCAACAAUCCGGAACUAAGCGAUGUCACCUUUCGCGUCGAGGGUAAAAUAUUCUAUGGCCACAAGAUAGUGCUGGUCACGGCCUCGCCACGAUUCCAGAGCAUGCUCAGUGCCAAGCUAAGCGAUGCCACCAGCACGCCCACUGUCCAGAUCAAUGAUAUACGCUAUCACAUCUUCCAGCUGGUCAUGCAGUUUCUAUAUAGCGGCGGCUGCAGUGCUCUGGAUGUAUCCCAUGGUGAUGUGCUCGAACUGAUGGCUGCCGCCAGCUUCUUUCAGCUGGAGGCGCUGCUGCGCUACACAGAGGCGCGCUGCUCCGAGAUGGUCGAUGUGGACAAUGUGGUCGCCAUGUAUAUACAUGCUAAGGUUUACAAUGCCAACAAUCUCUUGGAGUAUUGCCAGUGCUUUCUGCUGCAGAAUAUGGUCGCACUGCUGACCUACGAUGAUUCAGUGAAGCGUCUGCUGUUUGCCAAGAAGAUACCAAAUCAUGAUGUCCUGGCCGGCCUGCUCCAGACGCUGCAGCAGCGACUCAAGAGCCGCAAGCCGAAUGCUGGUGGGUUGGUCAACGUCUAUCGCUCUCCGCCGGCCACGCCUGUCAAGAAGUAGCGGCUACAUCUCGCUCCUUACCCAGACUAACACAUACAGCAUAUGUUCUGCUUAUGUCAUAUUUAUUGCAUUGUUUUUAACGAAUCUCUCUGAGCUCUCGUACUCGUAUGUAUUAUAACGCCCCUUAUGCCUAGACCUAUCCCUAAAUACUUGUAGUUGUAUUUUGUACUCUCAACUUGUUCAGCGCACUGUUAAUUUAAAUGCUAGUUAACGUGGUACAGCUUAGAGCGUCCUGUAGCAAACCUGUAGUUAGUUGAAAUUGUUUCUGCAUUAAAU